AAACAACAUUUAUUACUCAUGAUUUAGGAUCUGUUUUUCUCGUUUAUAAACAAAGAAUUACGACGUGAAACACGUGCAUUUUAACAUACAUACAUAUGGAAAAAUGUCAAAUUUCGUGAAUUAGUGAGAGAAAAAAAACACAAAAUAAAAUACUGAGGUGUAUAUAAGUUGAUACAUCAAUCACAAAUAUUAUUCUACUCAAAUUUAUUAUUUGAAAAGAAGAAAAAUGCGAGGGAAAAAAACAAUAAUCACAAGUGAAGAUGUGAAGCUACUUGUGAAAAUCAUUGGUACAAUCGGAGUCACCAAUGGUCGCCCAUAUCAAUACAAGGUUGAAGCUUGGACAAAUGAAAACGAUAGAUAUGAAACAAAGGUUGUACCAACCGAAGGAGAUCCUGAGUUCAAUGAAGAUCUACAAAUCUUUCAAGAUAAGAAUUUUCCAGCAGAAUCUUUAUAUGUAGAUGUUUUCAAAACGAAUUCAGCUGGCACCUAUUUCGUUGGGAGGGGAGUCACAUUGUUGCCAACAGUUAAAGGGGUUGAUUUUUACCGUGAAGUUGAGCUCUCUGGUCCUGAAGAAACUGGAAUUCUUCAAUUGUCACUUAAUCUCAUGGAAUUCGAGAUACUUGGUUAUCUUUUUUCAUAAUUUAUGUUGUUGUGUUCUUAAUUUGAUAUUGUUAUGAAUAAUGAAUAAUGCAUACUGAUAAUAAGGUAUCAUAAAUUAA